AUGGGUGACGGUUUUUUGCAAAAUAGCGCUCCCUCCUCCCUUGCAAUUUUGCCAGGGACCGGAUUGAAAUGGUCCUUCCCGCCGCCGCCGCCGCGCCCUCCGCCGCUGGCAGCUGUUAUCACCCGCUACCCUCGCCAGCUAUCCGCAUGCGAGCCCACAGCCUCCACACUACCCGCCUACCGCGCGCUCAUCCGCGACCUCGCCUCCGCCGCCUACGCCCGCGCCGGCCGCCUCCGCGCCGCCGUCGACACCUUCGAGCGCAUGGACCUCUUCGGCUGCCCGCCCGCCGCCCCCGCCUAUAGCGCUAUCAUGGAUGCCCUGGUCGAUGCCGCCUACCACGACCAGGCUCACAAGGUUUAUGUCAGGAUGCUUGCCGCCGGCGUUUCUCCCGACACCCGCACCCACACCGUCCGCCUCAAGUCCUUCUGCCUCACCGGCCGCCCGCACGUCGCGCUGCGCCUGCUGCGUGCCUUGCUGGAGCUUGGCUGUGAUGCCAAACCGGCGGCCUACUGCAUGGUCCUGCGGGGCCUCUACGCCAACGGCCAUGGCCAGGAUGCAAGUCAUCUGUUCGACGAAAUGCUCGGCAGGGAUGUCUUCCCUGACGUUGCCACUUUCAACAAUGUUCUGCACCCUCUUUGCCAGAAAGGGGAUACCCGUUGA